AUUACUAAAGCUAAAAUAUGGCCCAGUUAAUCUGGUUUCACGGCCCAGUCCAUUCGGUUUCACCUCUGCCCAGAGCUAAACCGACAGCGCCAGACCUUCUAGGCCUCUCUUAGCCGUGAAGGCUCGUGCCGAUUAUACUCGAGUACUUGUAAUAGCAGGCGUCCCACUCCUGUACAAAGAUGACAUCGUCAAAGUCCAGCCGGAGACACAGAAGCCGCCGGGGCGAUUCGGAUUCGGAAUCUGCAUCCGACUCAACUUCGGAGUCGGACAGGAGCCACCGCAGGAGCCGGAGUCGAAAUCGCAGCAGUAGCCGACGAUUAGACUCCCAUAAUUCUGAAAGUGACACCCAUGAGCGAUCGAGGAAGAAGAGCAAGAGGAAGAUUACAGAGGAAGAAAUCUCUGAAUACCUAGCUAAGAAGGCACAGAAAAAGGCUAUGAAAGUCGCCAAGAAGUUGAAGUCGCAAAAUUUGUCUGGAUAUUCCAACGAAUCAAAUCCCUUCGGCGAUUCUAACCUUAAUGAGAAGUGAGUUCAUCUUGUCCCUCU